CUAAAGUUUGUGUCGGAAAAUGUCUUAUUAAUCAAUGGUAGAGAGAGUUUAAGUUUCCAAAACAUGUACCACCAGAGAUUUCAUUUGUAUAUUCGAAGAUAGGUGAUCGGAUGCACUACCGUAGAGUAUUAACUUAAUUUGUAGGACGUAGUACCAAGGAAUAAGAUUCCACUGUUAGAUCUAUCCUCUCAAGAAGACAACAUCAACAGGGAAGUUUAAACUUCUUCAAGCUGACCUUUGAGUCACUCUACCGGUCAUUGAAAGUCUUCGACAAGAAGAACGGACACUUGUCCAAAAUUCUUGCUUGAAUACUUUAUGCAAUAAUUUUGCUAAUUGACUAAUCCCGUGAAUCCCGUGAGAAAGCACACAAAAGACAGAAAAACAAAGAAGACGGUGUUAGAAAGACUUCCAAGGUACCGAAACGAGGAGAAAAAGAACAUCACCCAUCCACCCCAACUGCCAUCGAAGACAGAUAGAUAACACAAAAUGGGAAAGCAAAAUAGUAAAUUGAAACCAGAAGUGCUGGAGGAUCUCAAACAAAACACAGAAUUUACAGAUGCAGAAAUUCAAGAAUGGUACAAAGGAUUCCUCAAGGAUUGUCCAAGUGGACACCUCUCAGUAGAGGAAUUCAAGAAAAUCUAUGGGAAUUUCUUCCCAUACGGCGAUGCGAGUAAGUUUGCUGAACACGUUUUCCGGACUUUUGAUGCGAAUGGUGAUGGCACAAUUGAUUUUCGAGAAUUCCUCUGUGCAUUGAGUGUGACAUCGCGUGGAAAAUUGGAGCAGAAGCUCAAGUGGGCAUUUUCCAUGUAUGAUCUCGAUGGCAAUGGCUACAUAUCGCGUCAAGAAAUGUUGGAAAUAGUAACAGCAAUCUACAAGAUGGUGGGGAGUGUUAUGAAGAUGCCAGAGGAUGAGAGUACACCGGAAAAGCGAACAGAUAAAAUUUUCAGACAGAUGGACCGCAAUAAGGAUGGCAAACUCAGUCUCGAGGAGUUCAUCGAGGGCGCCAAGAGUGAUCCAUCAAUUGUCCGAUUACUUCAAUGCGAUCCGCAGGCGCAGUGAACAAUCCGUCGCCAAACAUUUACCCUGAUAUUUAUACAUUUCCUUCCAUCUUUUCAUGUCUUGAAAAAAAAAAAUUCACCGCUCUAACUUCCUCUCCAUGUACCAAUCCACCUCUCCAGACAUCCACAGAGUAAUUCGCCAAUGAGAUUUUUAUGUUGCCAUUUGAUUACUUUAUGAUUUUUUUCUUGCUUCUUGUGCAUUUCAGUCUGUCUCUCUUCCAUUUUAAAAGAUUCUGACUUGUUUUUAUUUUCACGAUUUCCAUCACAUCUCUAAUAUUUUAAUUAUUUUGAUUUAGAAACUAAUUUGAUAAUUUAUUCUGUUAAGAAUUUGCUUGAAGAACAUAGGAUAUUUACUCCCCUUUUUGAUUAGAAUCAAAAAGAAAAGCUGAGUGAUUUUUAUUGCUCUUGAUUAUUUGUUGAUUUUUGUUUUUGCCUUUUCUUCAAUUGCGCCUUUGUACUUAUACUGGGUAGGUGAUUUCCAUGCCUAAAUGCUUCUUCUCUUCACGAUAAUUUUCGCAUUUUGUAUCAAAUAAAUGCUUGAGAAAACCACCAUGCAUGGGAUAUUUCAUCAUAAGAGUUCAACUAGGACACAAAACAUUGUAACAUUCUACACAUUAUUUCACCUUUGAAUUCUCAUGAUGAAAUAUCUCGCAUCCCAAGGCAAAAUCUCACAGAAAAUUCCUUGGAAAAUUUAUUUGGAUUGUUCUCUCCAUCCGCGAAUCGUGUUGAAAAUUUUAGAACACCUCUACCCACCCCCCUCACGGCGAAUGCCAUCACUCAAGAGACCAACAAUCUCUUGACUGAUAGCCAUAGAACAGGAGACGAAGAUCACCAAUAUUGUACACGAAAUGUACUAUUUUCCAAGAAAGAAAAACUCUCUAUAUUGGCUUUUUUUCAACAACUAUGAUUCUUAAUAGAAGGAAAAAAAACUAUAUCAAGUCCUCUUUUUAAAAAAUCACAAAAGAAAAUUUAUUAAAAAAAAAAUAGUCAAUUAUUGAAAAUUGUUAAAAAGAAUUUCAAUGAAAAUUAUUAACAAAGUGUUGUAACACAUUUCACUCUUUCGAAUACCAAGAUUACUCAAAAAAAAAAACUAAAUAACUAUAAGAGAUUCAUGUCUCUCAGACGUAAAAUUAGACAUUGGAAAGAUUGAAAAAUUCAGUAAAACUCUAUUGAAUAUUUCUAAUGACCGAAUUUGAUGGGAAAAAUACAAGAGAAUGACCGAUUGGUCAAUUACUUCAGUCCAUUGACAGAUAACGUUACCUUGUUUUAGAUGUCAACAAUUAUCGUAACUUAUUCGUUACCUAGAUCAGCAAUUCUUUAUACAAGAAAUACAAACAUAUGUGAUAAGGAAAUUACGACAAUUGCUGAUCUAAGCGACGUAAUGUAAACUCUGAAAAUUAAGCCAAGUCUGGCUUUUCCUUUCUUAAUAAAUUUAAGUUUAAGAGUUUACAUAUAUGCAAUUGGAAACCCUUGUUUCCAACUGACAAAGUUAAAACUGGAAUCUUCUAUUUGUAAGUACAGUAGACUCUCUCAAAUUCGGGCAUUUGGGAUCGAAAUGUUACCCGAAGUAGAGAGAAAUUCGGGCGACAAACUUUUGGAAAUAAUAUCGUAAAUUGCAUGAAAGUCCCUUAAUAAUACAAAAUUACAUCAAAACUAUGACAAAUCAUGUCAAAUUUGAGAAUGUUUGAUUCAUUUGAUAAUUACAGUAGAGUCUCUCAAAUCUGAAUCUCUCAAAUUCGAACGGUGUUUGGACUCAAAAUGUCAAUUGUGAGGUUAUGUUAAAAAAAUCGUGUUCUGGAUGAAUAAAAAUCAUAUUUAUGAACUUCUUCCUGAAUGUUAACUUACAUUAUGAUCGUAUAAAAUGAAAAGGAAGUAUGUUAACACUAAGGCUUGCAAAAAAGUAUGGGAAUUUGAUUCAAAGUACAAUUUAAUCUCGUACAGAUUUCGUUAGUUUUGAAAAAAUCGUUCGAAUUUGGGAGGUAAGAAAUGUCAAAAAUACCCCCUGAGCGUUCGAAUUUAGGAGACUCUACUGUACAAUUAAACUUGAAAAAUUACAACAAGCUUUUUUCAAAUGUAACUGUUGCCCGAAUUAAAAAGUAGCCCGAUCUUAAAAGAGCCGAAUUAGCGAGAGUCUACUGUACUUUUAACAAAACUUUAGUUUCACUUAAUAACGUACAGUCUCUUUAUAAAAACGCUCUUGCUCUUUAUCUUGCUCUGUAAAAUUUGAUUUAAAAAUAUUUCGUAGAUUUUAUAUUUUGUAGUUGACAGUAGACUAAUAUUUGCUAAGGACAAGGAUCUAAAGAACAUAAGAAAGGACAAACUUUCUCAUAAAAAGUAAGGUUAGGAAAAAUAACUUAGUCGCGCCAUUAUUAUCCCUCUAACGGGUAAAACCGCCUCUAGGCGGUAAUUCUAUAAAUCGCAUUUACUGCGAUAAUAUUACUCAUUUGAAGUUGAAAUAUCUACAGUGUCCUCAAUUAUAGUCUUACUAACUUAUUUUCUGAAGCUGAACUCAUUUUGACCUUUCGUUUGCUUACAAUCUUCAGUUUUGUGUGACAGGUCAGAAAAAAAUAACAAAAUGUCGCUCGCGACAUUAGACUUCCCUCUUCUGGGACUCCGGUAAUAAGACUCUAGGUAACCGGGGUUACCUGUUGCUGGACAGAAAAUUCUGAUGAGCUCAGAAAGCAGCUUAACGCUGGUACCUCAAUGCGAAGGACCAAAAUCUAGGUAACAUUUACCCCAUUUACCUAUUGAAGGUGAGAAUGGUUAUCGGGAUUGAAGAACAAAAAUUUUUGAUGAUUUCACAAGAUUUAUUACAUAAAAAGCUUUAACAAAAUUCACGUGGCUUCUCACUUGACUGACAGAAGAGCAAUGAAAGAACAAGAUGGUUGUCAAAAUGGCGAAAAGUGAAUGAUGUGAAGUUGGUCUUAAUUCUGCAUUUUAAAUUCCUUGUCAUUUGGAAUCUGGACCUAAACAAGGAAUUUUUUGACUUUCUCGUGUAUUUGACAGUUGUCACCCGAAUAUAGGAAAGCCGAAUAUCAGAGAGUUUUGUAUUUCAUCAUAAAGGGAAUAAAAAUAACUGAUUCGGAACAGCCCUAUUUGUAAACAUAUAUUAACCCUCUAACGGUUAAGAGUCACCGCAGGAUAGCAUUACAAAAAUCGCAUUUACAGCGACAAUAAAGGUUUUAUUUAUUCAGAAUUGCUAUAGUACCCUCGGUAAUACUCUUGCUAACAUCCAUUCAAUGUUUGAACUCAUUUUGACUCUUCGUUUAAUUGCUAUCCAAAGUUUUGUGUGACAGGUCAGAGAAAAAGUAGGAAUUUUUUUGUGGAAAAAGUUUCAUUUCCAAAAUCAAGAAAAUACCGGUUUAAAGUAAUCUGACUAAAACAAAUUUAUUUUUUAUUGAAAGAUAUAUUGUUCUACUUUAUGUAUUUUAUUUAAAACAUUUGAAAAAAGUAAAAAUGUGAAUUUUAGAAGCAAAAAGUUUCAAAUUUUUUUUAUAUUUUUGCAUUUUUCGUCUAAACUAAAAGAGAAAAUGAAGAACGGAUGGUAUUUUUGAGUUUAUUGAAUCGUAAUUAGUCUAGAAAAAAAUAUCACACUACAUUUUUCUUGCAUAUUUAAAAAUUGGACGUUAGAGGGUUAACGACAAUUGUGUCGCUCAGAGCAAGAGUGGGCUGUUUCAAUAGAGAAAUACGUACAGGGUGCGUCAAUUAAAAUGCAACCUCAUAAAACACUGUACUUUUUAUUUAAAAAUGAAUUUUAUUGAUGUGUUUUUUUUUUGAAAUUUUGACGUAACCAUCUCUCGUACGGACUACGUUCUUACCUCCGACUAUGAACAAAUCUGGAUCUACCUAAACGUGAGCUUCCGGAAUGUAAGGCCAUUUAAGACAAAGGACUGUCCUCAUCUUAUUGAUAGUUUGGUAUUCUUUAGUCCUUUUUUGGUCCAACAAAAUGUUCCAUACGAAGAAGAGGAACUAGGUUGUAUCCGGCCAAUCAAUCCUAUUUAGUCCAAUGUUAUUUAAUAUGGACUUGAAGAAAGGAAUGUUGAACGUAAAACGUAAAUGAAAUCGUAAAUUCAAUUUAAUUUACAAGAGUAAUUACAAAUACUAAAAGAUAAGUCCUUAGAUUGGUCGGAAGAACCGGUAAAGAACAAUGUUGAAGAGGUCCAUUCGCGUCUAACUUCACAUCAAAUGUCAAGUUUUGUCAAGUUGAGAAAGGCUGUUUGUCUUUUAGUUCUUCUCCAAAAUUAUCCUGAAGUUUUUUAGAUUUCGUAUUUGAUUAUUAAUGGCUAUAUCUGUCGGAAAUUAAAGCUUUGUUGAAGUUAAAAAUCAUCACAAUGGAGUCACAUGUAAGAAAAAUAUUAUUACCGAAUUAACGUCAAAAUAAGUUUGUCAUAGUAGCGUUUUGACCAUUGACGUACAUGUGUCAUUUGACGUUUAUUCGGUUUCAACGGUUCUUGCACGCCUCUGAUUUAAACAAUCUGAAGUACUAGAGUGACAAUAGUUGGCAGUCAUGAAAACAGCUCGAAAACUGCUAGAAACACAGUUGGCAUUCAUGGAAACUGCUCGAAUAGCUUGUCAAAUGAUUCAGAAAACAAUUAAGACGUACAUUAAUAUUUUAAUUAGUUAAUCUUAAUUUGUUGGAGCAAAUACUGCACUAGUGUACAUUAGUUUCUCAAUCAGUAUUAAGUGGAACAAAACUUGAACCGAAAAUUGGCCUUUCGAGCUGCAUGAAACUUAAAAGGUUGCCUCUUUCAGCAAAUAUUUUAGUCUCGCAAAAUAUUCUUCGUAGAAUUUAAAUGUAGUUUAGUACAAAGCCGAAACAAGGGUUAUAACUAUUUGACAGUGAACAGGAAGUUCACAAUUGGAACUUUAGAAAGCUUCAUGGAAUGUUACUAAAUAUGUUCAAUAUAUCCAAUGUCCAAUUCCAUAGAUCUGGAAGAUGUAUAAAGACAAAGUCAAUGGAAUUCACUUCCAGAAUUAAUAGAGAAUGCAUUAAUCUAAAAAAAAGCGAUGAGAAGGAAUUUUAUUAUCCAACUUCUUGAAUUUUAAAAUAGGUGAGAUUGCUAAGAAUCUCAACCUAAUACGCUUUCAAACUUAUCUCUGUCCCUCUCUCCCUCUGUCUUUCAACAAAACUUAAAAUAUUCAAACAUUUAAAAAAAAAUAUUUACAUAAUAUAUUUCUUGCUAAUUCAUGGAAAAAAAACGCGUUAUUGAUGAACAUUAUAUUCUAAUUAGAUAAUUGAAGAAAAAAAAUUUAAAAAAUCAUGCACUUUCCUAAUGUUUUACUCAGAUUCUUCAAAAAAUAAACCUCUGAAAGCAGAUAGUUUACUUAAAUUUAGGUAUGUAAAAUUAAAAAACAUUAUAUAGUAAAUAUAUAAUGUGCAAAAGUAUCUGUAUAUUGAAUUACAUGAUAAAAAAAAUAUAUCCAAGAAAAUGUUUGAUACUUUGUCAGCAAAGUUGAUAACAAGAACUUGAUAAAAAGAAUUACUCUCCACACAAAAAACGUUUUCCAAAAAUUUUCAAACAAAAAACAAAAAGCGCAAUUUACAUUUUAAGGAAGAACAUAGGAAGAAAAAAAAAUAAGAGAAAUGGAUGUAAAAUUAAAUGUUCCCUCCAAAAAUCAUCUUGAACAGAGAAAUCUUUAAGAAGAAAAUUGAUUAAAAUCUGCGUCAUUUUUUUUCUGUCUCAUUUCUCUCUUUUAAAACAGAAAACUUCUUAACUGUGUAAGAAAAAUACCUCAGAAAAAAAAUGUAAUUUAUUGUGAAAGAAAAUAAAAACAAAAAAAUAAUAAAGUUGUGUAAAAAAGGGGAGAAUAUUUAAGUGAAAAAAAAGAUAAAACACAUUUCAUAAUUUUUCAAUGUGUACAGAGUGUCAGGCUCAAAAAAAAUCUGUAAUAUCACAUUUAUUUAUCACUGCACUAUUGAAGUAUUUUAAUGAAAUAUUUUAUCAUAAAAAACAUUGGUAGGAAACUUAAGUAGAAAAUAUCUCUCAUAUGACUCUUAAUUAUUAUUAAAAAAAAAGUGAAAGAAAGCAAACAUUUUAACAGAAUGGAGUGUCUCACAAGAGGAACUUCGCAAGAAUUGAUUGUAAUUAAGAAGAACGUGUAAAAUUUGUUUUUUUAGGAAUAAUUUUAUAAUUCUAAGUGAGAUGAUAUGAACAUAUUUUGAUCUUUUGUGACAAAACUGACGUCCUCCUUUCCAAUUUAAAUCAUAUUAUUAUAAAUGAGCUGAUAAAGUUUAAUAUGUAUUUAUAAAUUUAAUAUAUUGCGAAAUAAUAUAUUUUUAGGAGAUAUUUCUUUAAAUGUAAAAAAAUAUUUGAGAGACAUUGUGUUGAACUCCGUGGUCCUAUCUCACCUUCAAAAUAUUGAAAAAAAGAUAUAGCUUAUGUCUUCCUCUUGAUUGUCAUUCUUAAAAAUUCCCUAAGUUUCCUCAUUUUGUUCUAAGACUUUAUUUCAGGUUCCUAAAAAAAAAGAAUUCGAUUAGAACGAAUGAGAAAAAAAAUGUAACAAAAAUUGAGAUUCCCACCAAAGAUUUUGAAAAAAAGAAAAAAAAGAAUAAACAACGCGAAACUUCUCUACGUGACGAAUUAUUGCUAAAAACGAAAGAAAAA